CACAGGAAAGAAAAAUCACUGCAGUGUGGAAUGUGGCAGAGAAUUCUCUAACAGGAGUGCUCUUCAGAAACACACGAGAGUUCACACUGGAGAGAAGACAUAUUGCUGUAAUGAAUGUGGUAAAGACUUUUCACAAAAAGGCAAUCUUCAGAACCACACGAGAGUUCACACCGGAGAGAAGCCAUAUUGCUGUAAUGAAUGUGGUAAACAGUUUUCACAAAUGAGCGGUCUUCAGAGACACACGAGAAUACACACUGGAGAGAAUCCAUAUUGCUGUAAUGAAUGUGGUAAACAGUUUUCGCAUAUUAGCAGUCUUCACAGACACACAAGAGUUCACACCGGAGAGAAGAGACAUUGCUGUAAUGAAUGUGGUAAACAGUUUUCACAAAAAUGCAAUCUUCAGAUACACACGAGAGUUCACACUGGAGAGAAGACAUAUUGCUGUAAUGAAUGUGGUAAACAGUUUUCACAUAAAGGGAAUCUUCAGAAACACACGAGAGUUCACACUGGAGAGAAGACAUAUUGCUGUAAUGAAUGUGGUAAACAGUUUUCACAUAUUAACAGUCUUCACAGACACACAAGAGUUCACACUGGAGAGAAGAGACAUUGCUGUAAUGAAUGUGGUAAACAGUUUUCACAAAAAUGCAAUCUUCAGAUACACACGAGAGUUCACACCGGAGAGAAGACAUAUUGCUGUAAUGAAUGUGGUAAACAGUUUUCACAUAUGCACAGUCUUCAUAAACACAGUAGAGUUCACACCGGAGAGAAGCCGUAUUGCUGUAAUGAAUGUGGUAAACAGUUUUCACAAAAAGGCAACCUACAGAUACACACGAGAGUUCACACUGGAGAGAAGCCAUAUUGCUGUAAUGAAUGUGGUAAACAGUUUUCACAAAAAUGCUAUCUACAGAUACACACGAGAGUUCACACUGGAGAGAAGCCAUAUUGCUGUAAUGAAUGUGGUAAACAGUUUUCACAUAUAAACAGUCUGAAGAACCACACAAGAGUUCACACUGGAGAGAAGCCAUAUUGUUGUAAUCAAUGUGGUAAACAGUUUUCACAAAAAGGCCAUCUUCAGAAACACAUGAGAGUUCACACUGGAGAGAAGCCGUAUUACUGUAAUGAAUGUGGUAAACAGUUUUCACUGAUAGUCUUCAGAGACACACAAGAGUUCACACUGGAGAGAAGCAAUAUUGCUGUAAUGAAUGAGGUAAACAGUUUUCACAAAUAGGCCAUCUUCAGAUACACACGAGAGUUCAUACUGCAGAGGAGCCAUAUUGCUGUAAUGAAUGUGGCAAACAGUUUUCACAGAUAGUCAGUCUACAGAGACACACGAGAGUUCACAACAGAAUAAAAACAGUAGCAGUUCAAAAAUCAGUCCAGAAAAACAAGAACCCUUCAGGACUCAAGAGUGAGGUUCAGUCCUGUCCUGAAAAGUAAGCAAACUAAACUAUUGUCAACAAAUUAAUCUCAAAGAGAAGCCACAUUGCUGUUUGGAAUGUGGCAAACAAAUCUGUCAGCGCAGUACACUUCAGAGACGCACCAGAAUUCCCACAGGAGAGAAGUACAACUGAACUGUCCUGACUAAAGAGUGAGGUUCACUCCUGCUUGGACAGUAAGCACAUGUAACUGACUCAAAUCCAUCCUACUUAGUGUUGUGUCAAAAACAAAUCAACAUGGAGGAGAAAUAGAAGUUUAUAUCCUUUUUCCUUUUCCAGAAACAAAAUAAAGAACAGGGCGUCAUACAAACGGCUUCUCACCAAAGCCCCUACAGCCUCCACCAUGUGCCUAACUCUGUUUUCAUAACAUACGUAUUACAUAUAGAACUGUUUACAAUAUAUCAUACACAUUUCAUCAGAAAAAAAAAAAACACUUUACAAUAUACAUCACCUCACACAAUAAAUAAUAGUUCAGCUUUAUAAUAUUUUAUAUUUUGCUAUUUUAAUAUAACAAAAAAUAAAAAAAAACUUACUUUGACAAAAACAACAAAAAAAAGAAGAGUUUCAUAAAACAGCUUCUUGCCAAUGCUUAUUAAAUAAUAAAUCAAUUACUAAUUAUAAACACAAACUAUUAAUACAAAAUCAAUAAAAUUAAAAUCCAAAAUAUACACACAUGAUCAUGCUGUACACCACGCCAAAUUAUGUUUUAACACUGUGGCAGCGCACUAAAAGAAGAAAUGCUUUUUUCAAUUUUAUUUUGUUUUUGUUUGUUUGCUUUUGGUAAUAAAACAUACAAAACUGUAUAUAAGAACUCGGGGGGGGGGGGGGGGGGCACAUAACUUAUUUAACACUUGAGAAUUACCAAAUAAUAUACAUGUCAAAUAAAUAGAAUAAAAUUAGAAAAGGCUUGGAGAGAGCAGACUUACCUGCACAGCAUCCACCAUCGCCUGAGGGUGCCUGCAAUCUGUGGGGAGUCGCAUUAAUUAGCAUCCGUACUCCAAAUAUGACACUAAGUUUACACAAACAAUUGCUUUUGGGAAAAUUCAUAACUGAAAGAUACAAAAAAAUUUAAAAGAGAAUACACUUUGCUCCACAUAUUGCAGUACUGGAUUUGGCCAACAAUUCUCACAAAUCGGAAUCUUCUGGGCUACCAAAGAAUUCAGACUGGGUGCCACCUCCAGAAGUGGACUUAGUUGGAGAAGAUCUACACCGGGGGCUAUCAACCCUUUGUCAUGGCAUACCACCCCAAAUAUAUAAAUAUUCUGAAAUACCUGCAUUUUAUUUUGGUGUUAAAUUGUUAAUUACUGAACUGUUAUGUUAAACUAAAGGUAGAAUUUCUUUUUUCACCCAGAUAAUGUUCUUUCCGAGAGCUUUUCUAAGGUACUAGUAAUGUUCGCCUGUCAAAGACUUGUGUUAGAAUGAAUUUCAAAAGGAUUUGAUAUGUUAGGACUGAUAGGCACUGGCAGUGUGUCACCAUGAGGAGGUCACUUCAGCUGUCUGUGCUAAUACUGGAAAAGCAAAAGAAAUGCCAGCAAUUGUGUCUCAAAUGUUGUAAGUCUCCUCAGCGUCAGUAAAUAUUAUUUUUAUUAUUAUUAUUAUUGUCAAAAAGUUUAGUAAAGUCACGCCUUUGGACCAGAAGAGGUUUCCUGUUCCUGAGAAACUUUGCAUUCCACUAUCUUGGUUUACCUACAGUGUGCUUACUUUAUUGUUGUAUAUUAUUUGUUACUUUGAAUAAAUUACAAUCACCUGUCU